AUGACAAGCUUCGAGAACUUCACCUUCACCUUCUCGUUCCUCCAUGUUGGGCGCCCCACAAAAGCCAUCGACCAUCACAGCUUUCCCCACAUCGUCGACCUCAUCUUCGAGUUUGCAACCUUCGACACACUUCUCCUCCUAGGACAGGUGUGCCGUGAGUGGCGAAGCAGAGUGGACGCCGAACUGUACCACCUGCACGACUUUCGAGCUUCAAGCCGAUACGACUCCAAGCAGCAGGGAGACGACUGGUGGAAGCACCCCAAGUACGACUACUACUUCGAAACAGCAAGCGGCAAGCCCGGAAAGCUGCCUGAUGUGACUAGACUAUCUGGCACCACUAAGAUCAUCGACCUCAGUUACCGGGCGAUGUCUUACGGAGCCGACACGCGCGCCCCCAUUGAUGACAUGCGUCUUCCUGAACCCCGCUGGGAAGUUGACAGUGACCUGUUCCGCACACCUUUUGCCCCCCACCGCCUCGUCUUCAACAAUCACUUCGACACGGACCUCCCUUUCGAUGAGGUGCCCCGACUCGUCGUCAACUACCGCGACGACGAGUUCUAUGUCUUAGGCGUCGUCGGUAAUGAGGUCGAGCUGCUGGUGUUCAUAGUCCACGGCGGGAGCUAUCGCCAGGCGGCAGACUGGGCUGACGACGUUCACCUGAUGCUCAAGAAGCGCCCUAAGGUACUUUACGUCGCAGACCAAGAGCAUCUCGACGUCCUCGGAGACGAUAAAAACGAUACCGGCUAUGAGUUCAAGACGCUGGAGAAGUAUCGUGCCGAGAUCGGGGAGCGGAACUUCGCCAUCGAGACCAACUUUGAUACUCCCCUUUCUCCAGUGCCCGCGUAG